CCUGCCAUAAAUUCUGUUACAAAAAUGAAAUUACAAGUAUGUAGAUUACAUUUAAAAAAAAGUAAUUUUUUUUAAUAAUACAUACUUUAAAUAAGCGAUGUACAUAUGUAUAAAAAUAUUAAUCGAAAUGGCCACCUUUUUGCUUUUACACAAUUCCUAAAACGAUUCGACCAUUAAUCAAUAGCAAGCAGCACACAGAGUUUCUAUUGGUAUUGACGACGCUGUUCCCACCAAAGAUUUCUUGAGACUUUCGAAAUUUUUGUGGGGUAUUCGACACGUCAUGUUCUCCAACUCUGACCACAAACUGUAGUCCAAUGAAUUCAAAACUGGACUUCCAGCCGGCGACUUCAUCUCUACCAGGAAUAUUGCUUUUAAGCUACUGCUAAUAGACUUUUGUGCUACAGCAGAAUCUUGCUAGAAAAUCCAAUGCUCUCCAUCGAAUAGAGUAUUGCUUAACUGCUUUACCACGCUCUUUUUUAACUGAAGUAAGGAAAUGUAACCCCUUUACAGGAGACUCCCCACCAAACCAUUACACCAGGUGGAUGAUUGGUGGGCGUUGAACACUUUGAAAAAAAAUUUUUUUUUUCGAUUUUGUCGUUUGGCUUAUUGAACUUUUUCGGUUGACACUUGUGUGUGAGUCCUUGUAGUGAUUUACGUUUUGACUUGAGUAAGAGUACAUCGAAAAAAUAAUUUCAAGGAAAAUUAUUAUAUAUAUGAAAUAAAACUUACAUGGUCCCUUGAGGAACCAUCGGAUGCUCAUCAAUACCCACGUACGCAAAUUUAUUGCAUAAAAUGUGGUAUAUCUCUUCGUUUAUCGUCACAGCAAAAUUAUUUUCUAGGUUUUCAUACUCACUAAUGUAUCUUUUAUCAGUUACUAAUCGUUUUAAUCCAAUUUCAAUAAAAUAUGGAUUUUUGUGAAAAUAUAUGUAUACUUAAAAUGUAUUUCUGAUGAGCAGCUAGUGGCUUCUCAAAGGACCAACCAAUAAACAACCUGUAAAAUUUAAAAGAAUAAUUUUUAAUAAAAGUCAUAGAACAAAUGUUAUAAUACAAUAUUUUAAAUAAAUCAGUCAAAGUUAUCAGACUUUUAAGGGUUAAGAAAGGAGCGUAAAAUAAGAUAAGUAAGAAGAGUUUCGCUCUUAUAACAAAUUGCCCAUAUAACAUAAGUUUUUAUCGUUUCUUUUAGAGCCACAAUUUACCGAUCCGCAUUUUCACAAGAAUAUUUUGUUCAGCGAUGCAGCUCACUUUUGCUUGAAUGGGUACGUUCAUAAAAAAAAUUAUCACAUUUGUAGGGAUGAUAAUAUCCAAGCUAUUGAGGGAAUCAUUGGUCCAUACUUCUUUAAAAGUGAAGCCGACCAUAAUGUUUCUGUCGAUGAGGACCGCUAUAAAGCCAUAAUUAAUGAUUUCUUUGUGUCAGAAUUGGAGGAUGUUGAUGUGGACGACCUUUGGUUCCAACAAGACGGCCCUACAUACCAUACAGCCAACGAAACAAUCAAUUUAUUGAAGGAAACUUUUGGUGAGCGCUUUAUCUCGCAUCCUGGACCUGUGGCAUAGCCGCCAAGAUCAUGCGAUUUAACACCGCUGAACUAUUUGUCGUGAAGUUAUGUGAAGUCGCUUGUCUACGCAGAUAACAUAAUGACAAAUCCUUAUCUUUAUACUUCUUGAAAGCCAUAUCUCUAAAACACAGUCCUUAAAAUUUUUUUUCUUUAGCUUAAGCUUUUUUUCAUCUUGCUAACAUCAAACUACUUUCUACAAGGCUUGCUCUCUUAUACACUAAAAGAGAUACUGAUAUAUAGUUUCUAUAUCUUAAGAGUUCGUCAUUUUUAUACACAUUUUUACAAAUACAAAUAGUUUUCGCAAAUAUAGAGGCCAUAAUUAUAUAGAGUCUCCUUAAAUAGUAUGCUCAUUACAACAAGUUGAAAAGAACAAAAUGAGCCAAAAUGCCCUCUUAAUUUGAAAUAAUCGAAAAACAUGCAAUAAUAUCAAAGCUUUAAAUUUAUUUCUAUCUUGAAUAAAAUUCGAAACUUGAGACGACUACCUACUUAGCUUUUACGAAAAACAACAAAUGAAAUUUAAUUAAAAUAAAGGGAAAAUGUACCACUUUCACAAAAUAGUAAUAAUAAUUAAAUAAAAAUUAAGAGGAUGCCCUAUUUUAUUGCUUCAUCAAAAAAACGCUGUUUAAAUACUUAAGAAGUUCCUAUCUGCAGGUUUAGCCGUUGAUUGCUGUUGUAAAACUUUUGUAAAAACUAUAUCAAAUAUUAGUAAUGUACAUUACACCUUCUAAUAUGGCAAUCCAGUUACUAUGCCAAUUCGCAGUAAUAUUCUAUAGCAUACAGUAAAAUUGAAAUGUCAAAACAAAAAAAAAAUAUAAGUAAUUUGAAUUUUACUAUCAUUUACGAAUUUAUGCCACACAAGAACGAAAGAUUGCGAAUUUUUAAUCUGCGUGUCCGCUUCUCCACAAUAUUCAACUCCAACUGAAACGAAAUUUGCUUCGCGACAAUUUCCUUCGGUAGAAUUCGUGCAAUUGCAGUGUUCAAGGACAUGCGCAGUAAUUCAUUUCCAACAACUUUCAUUCAUAACGUUUUUGGCGCGUUCUAUAACUUUGCGACUUUUGCACGUUGCGCUCUUCUAGGGUUAGGGCUUCGGCUCUCUCGAAACGUGUUUAGCACGUGCUGUUGCCGCACAAUUCGAUUACAAUAACAAAGUUACACUUGCUUUAGGUUUUAAUUCGAUCAACACCACGUGAUACUGAUGCUGGCGCGAUUUUUCACCCAAAAAUAUCGCCCUGCUAUUUAAACACUCUGCAUACUCACGGGGGAAGAAUAUUGCGCUCAGCAUUGUUUUACUUUUGCCCCAACCACUGUUGCUUUGCGUUGAGUUGUUGUUGCUGUGAGUUUAUAGCUAUAUUGUUUUUUUUUUGUUGUUAUGCUUGGUUAUUUUGUUUUGAUUUUUGCAUUUAUUUAUUUAGUUUUUGAUUUCGUUUUUCGCAUGAGAAUCGUUCUUCGGAGGGUUGUUCGUACGUUCCCCGUAUUAAACUUAUAUAUUUUGAUUUUUGUUGCUCUGUUUAUCUUUUUGUUGUUUCAUACUAUUGUAUUUUAACGGUGUACCCCUAUGUCUAUGCCACGAACUACUUACGUACAAUACAUUUGUAGCUUUGUCUGUGCGUACAUUGUGCUGCUCCUGCUGGUGCUUCUGCCGCAGUUCGUAAGUGGCUGUGUCCUCAUGCCCACAAAUCCAGCUGCCAGUCAGUCAGUGUUGUCUGCUGGAUUUUCGUGGGUCUGUCCAAUGUGUGGCAUUCGUUGAAUUGGCAUUUCAUCGCACGACAGCUCCCAAAUCGGUCGUUAUUAACACCGUCCGUUUCGUUGCUGUGUGAACGCGUGUCGCAUGCGGUUCGCGGAUACUUGCACAACCUCCGAGUAGGCACGAUAGUAUUUAAUUUUUUCUCCCCAACGGCCUAAAGCAUGACUGGUGUCAUUUGCUCUGCUGGCCAGCAGUUGGGCUGCUUAUGCCGUCAACAACAUCAACCUUAUCACCGUAUGUGUCCGUUUCCGGCUUUGAUAUCAACGCGACGCAACAAAUUCGCACGCACCGCUUCUUCCACACCUACUACGUUGAGGUUGAUGUGUAUUUUGCCCAUCUGUGCUGCGAAACGUGAACUGGUUAAUGGAUAUUUAAGUGGGUGUUAAUUUUUUGCGAUAUGUGCUAUGUGUGGUGUAUUUUUAUUUGGCCGUUUUGUUGCCGGAAGUUAAUGUGAGUCAUAAAUAAUUAAGUGUUUUUCGUGUAGUGGCCUUGUUCGUGGUGUAUAAAAUUUAUGACUGAUUGUGUUUUUUUUUUUCCUGAUAUCCUUAUAUCGUGUGUGUAAGACUAUCUAUCUUUGAUUAAGUGUCAACUGUGAUGAGUUUUUGAGUUUAAUAAAAUGCAAUUUAAUUGCAACUAAUUGGCAUAAAUGACUGAUUUUUCAAAUUGAAGACUGUAAUUUACAAAAUUAAAAAACGGAAACAGAAGAAGAAGCAACUUAGUUGCGAUUGUGUUAUAUUUUCGAAGAAUAUCUGCGCAAAAAUAAAUAAAAAUACGAAAUAAAAUCAAAAAACAAAAAAUCUGGUAUUGUAUAAAAAACGUUAACGAACUAACAAAAAAAAAACUAAUUACGGUGAACAUAUAUAAAAAAGUUCAUGUGUGAGCGAAAGUUGUACGACUUCAAAGCAGAAAGACAUUAUAAAAUCGAAAGCCGAAGAUACAACUAUGGUGCACCUACGCGUAGGGAUUUUGUAGCGGGACCACGAAACAAGUAUCAAAAUCACUCAGAUACAUAUCACCGCUCAAACUACGAUUUUUCGCUGCGUUCGGAUCAAUCUCCAUAUUAUUCAGCACAAUGGAACCAAAAUAGAUUUAAUAACGGACCAAAUAGUCGAAAUAACAACCAUUGGACGAAUGAUUACAAUUAUAAUAAUUACAAUCCUAAUUCGAAUUAUUGGCCAAAUGAAUCAGGAAAAAGAAGAGAUAAUACAUCUUCGCCAUAUUGUAAUGAAGUAGAUAGGAGAACUUUUAAUACCCAAAGAAUAGAUAAUAACACACCGGCAACAGCAAGAACUGAGAAAAGAGCUGAACUUACGUCGACUAUAAAUAAUAAAAAUAGCGAAGAAUCAUUAAAUGAUACUGUUGAAACACAUACAAACACAACACACACUUUUAAUGAAACUGACAGUGAGAAAAUUGAAAAUCCAAAAACAACAGAAAAUAAUAAGACUACUGAGAAACCCAGAAGAAAUGCAGUGAGAUCAUCACCGAGGAAAAAAGUGUCGAAAACAAAACCAGUUAACGUUAAGGAUAUAACUGAAGGUAAAAACAAAACAUCAUCAAAUAGUGUCAAGAAAAAAACUCCCGAUUGUAGUGAGGAGAAUCCUCCAGAACAGUCUAUAACGAACGAUAAACUCGAAACAGAGCGAGUUGAGAAUUUGACAGUUAGCGGUUUUAAUCCAAUUGAAAAAUGUAAAGAACAAAAUACAACAAAAAAUGAAGAAGAAAAUAAAGCAUUAGAAAGCUUAGAUAAUAAAAAAGAAAAAAAUAAGACAAUAGAAGAUAUUGCAGACCAAAACAGUAGAGGAACGGAAACAAACAGCUCUAUAAAUAAAGGUUCUAAAACUUGUCACGAUAUAAGCGACAAAACCAAAGCAGAGGAUUAUAUAGAUUUAAAUGAGGACGCCGCUAUAGUUAAAAACUCAGAAAACUCAGUAAAAGUUUCUAAAAAAGAAAUCACCAAAUUAAAAUUGAAACAAACAAUAAAUACUAACAUUGACAGGACGAAACAAAAAUCAAAAGUAAAUGAUAAAGAAUCCGAGAUUAUUUCAAAUACGAAUUUAACGUUAGAGCAGCCUUUACAAGAAACCACGCCGCAAGCACCCAUUCCAGGUGAAAAUUCAAGAUCUAUUGAGCAAGAAAACAAGACUGAUAUUUCAGAUGAAAAACCAGAUUCUGAAGAAAGUAUAACUUUUAGUACGGAAUCACAUUUCGAGCAUAAUGACACACAAAUAAAUGAUAAUCUUGAAAAUAUAAAAUCCAUAGUAGUUGGCAGUGGUGACGUAAACAUAACGGAAACUACGACAACAGAUAUUCCUUGUAUUGACAUCGAUCUUAAUGCAUCAGAUAUAUCUGAAAAUCGUGAAAUUAAUGAUGAAGAAAUAUCCGAACUCGUAUGUAGAGUUUCUCCCAUUAAAGACACUAACCCAAGAAAACCCAAAAUCUCUAUAAUACCACUUUCUAGACUUAUACGAAAUGAGUUAAUUGAAUUAACGGACGAUUCAAGUGUAACGGAAAUCGAGGACGUGCCUCCUGUUACGUUGGCCACAUUUACACCGAAUAAACGGAUUUGCCGACCGAAUCUUGUAAAGAGACGUCGAAAAAUUUCAACUUGUAGUAAUUCAAGUGGUACCACAGAAAAUCUGAUUGAAAAAGUUGCCGGUAUGGAUAAGUUUGGGAUCAAGCAGGUGAUCAAUAGUUGUGGUACGCGUUUUGAUGAGGCCUUAAAGGCACAGGCACGCAAACGGUUACGUGAAGAAAUUCGCAAACAGCUGAAGUCAAUGAAUUUGGAAACAGCGAAGGAUGACGAAAGUGGGAACUUCGUGCCGGAUGAUAUUGUAGAUGCGAUAUGUAUACCAGAUAUAGUUUUAGAAGAGAUACGCAAAGCUUUUGGUAUAGAGAUUUUCUGUAAUAACAAUACAGAUGCGCUACAAGAUGCAGCUUUAGAUAUUAUAGUAUCUAAUACACAAGAAGAAGCUAAUACGAGCAAUAAAACGACAAGCGAAGAAAGUACACCGAUACCAAUUAAUGCGGCACCACUACAGGAAAGCCUUGUUGAAACAUCAACUACAACGGUACAACCCACACCAGACAGUAUUGAUGCAACAGAAAAUGUUGCGAAAAAUGACAUAACGGUACAAAAUGAAAAUGUUUCAGUUGAAGGUGUGAAAGUGUCAGAAAUAAACGAUGAACAAACAAGUCCUAAGUUGUCGCAAACAGCAAAUCCGACUACCACAGAAACUGAGAACAAAUCAAAGGAAAAGAAGGCAAGAAGACGUAGAAUUCCAACGGGGCGUAAAAGUAGUCGGAAAAAAGUUAACAAAGAAGUAAUACAUGUUGAUUCGUCAUCCUCUUCGAGUAGUUCGUCUUCGUCCAGUUCGAGCAGCAGCUCUGAUACUGAGUCUUCGACUAAAAGCACUUCGUCUUCAGUGAAAAGACGUCGGCUAAAGCUACGAGUAGAUGCACAAAAUAUUGUCGAAAGCUUUGAAAAACUGCUAUUACCCAAUUUAAGUGAGAAUUUAAAAAGUCGUUACCACCAUAAAUUUUCAAACUCAACAUACACGCGCCUACAUUUCAUAUCUUGCAUCUGCACUAGUGAAUACAAUACCAAAAAGUUUACCAAACCUGAAAUAGCAAAAAUACAAUCUAAUCUGAAGUCAGAGGAUCGUACUGUCGCUUUGGAGUUUCUGAUGCGCGAAAUUGUCAAUGUGUUCAACAAGCAAAAAGAAGCUGCCAAAAAGGAACGUGGCAGCAAUCGAAUAAGAAGAAACACUGAAACUGCUGCUAAACCACAUGCAAACGAAACAUCGACAGUAGAAACUACAAGAACACACGAAACGAAUGAGGGGGGUAUGGUAGCCGACAAAGCUAAUGGGAUUUCCACAGUGGCCGUAAAAAGUACAAGCAGUAACAGCAAUCGGAAAAGUGCCAAUGCAGCAGAAAAAGUUGAUGCUGCAAAGAAUUGUAUGCAAUCAAAGCCAACGUCGACGACUCCUUCAACGACACCAACGAAACAUCAACAUCAAAGUGUGAAUGGCCAAACAUUAAUGAGCAAAAGAGCGGAGGUUGGUGGUAGAGCAAAAAGUGCUGGCAAUGCAGAAACCACCGAUAAUGCGGUUGGUGAAAGGCAUAAAGUAGGCGUAAAUGCACACUUCGAAGCGUGUAGUAAUUCAUUUGAAAUCAACAACACCACUAAUCAAGAAGAUUCUUUAGCAAGUGUGGCGACACGUCAGCUUCCAACUGCUACCACCACUUGUGAAAGUGUGGCUUCAAAUGAGCAAAGCUCGCGUAAUAUAUCUUUUGAAAGCAUCAACUCGCGUACGCAUUUGAGUGAGUCAAGCAGUUGUAGUGAAUUACAAUCUCCCACCAAUUUACGUUCGCUGCAAAGAGACCAUUUAUUCGAUAACAAAUUCAGUAGUAUUGGUGCUGCGAAUCCUUUAAUUGGAUACGAAAAUGGCAUUACGGGGCUUUGUGGAAUCUCAAGGAUACCAUCUUUGAUGUCAAGCUCUCUAUUUCCGAAUGUCGAUUUGGAAGCAUUGCGACAAAGAAACAUUUUAGGUGAAUUCGUUGUGAAUAAUCUACGCGAAUUCGAUAUGAAGUUGAUGGAAUUGCAUAAACGUAAAAUGUUCAUCGAAGAGAUGAUACUGAAAUUGCAAAAGGACAAAAUGGAAGUGGAUAUGCAAACGAUGCAAUUGCAAAAUGAGAAAUUUUUAUUACUUAACACGGCUAUGACGGCAGCUGCCAGUGAAUUGCCAACACGUGAAACAGCAGCUAAAGCUAGACCAUCAUCACGAAACGCGUUAGCACAAAACACAGAAGCAGCACCUAGCACACCUGGUACCUCAAUAAGAACAACAGCUCGUGGUAUACAAACCAAUCUUCCAAAUCAACGCAAACGGAAGGUUAAUGAUACCAAUGCGCCGGCUGUAAAGCGAAAACGUGGUCCACGCAAACGUGGUGGCGUUCGCAAAUUAGGUGGUACACGUAACGUUAAUAAACAGCCCAAAUCUCAAACUAAUAUAGCUAACGCAACAACGAUCGCUGAAACGUCAGCAUUUUCUUUUAAGUCGCCCAAAAGGGGUGACACUCGUGAGGGUGAACGUUCUCCGUGUACUGUGAUUUCUGAUAUGGAACAAUAUUUUAGUGAUAUAGAAACGCCGUUUGAUGGCGUAGAUAUACCCGUCUCUACGAUUACUGUUAGAAGCUCGCUGACACAAGUACAUCUCUAUGAACGUUGGUUGGUCGCUACUGGUGAAGAUGGUCGUCUAUAUCAAUUCAAUGCCAAAACUCUUAAAUUGGAAAAAGAAUUCUCCAAACAUAACGAAGCUAUUACACAUUCCUAUUUGUGCCGUGAAAAGAAAAUGCUUUAUACCACUUCACUGGAUGGAUACAUGAAAAAGACGUCUUUAGAGAACUUUGCUUUGGACAUACAAUCCGUAUACCUACAAGAGCCCUUGCAAUGUAUUGAGGGUCAAUGGGGUUCAGCUUUCAUCGGCAGCAGAUGGGGCAACAUCUUCACUUAUGACAUUACAUCCAACAACUUGAACAAUUCCACAAUUUCAUCAUCAGAAGUUUCAAUAACCGCCAUCAAAGCGACUAAGGAGGGCCCACGUCGAAUUCUCAUUGUAGCCUCUAAAUCGAAAGAAAUACAAAUCCGUGACGCAUCUUCAGGACUAUUGUUGCGCACAUUGAACCUGCCCGACGCAAUGAAGGCGUAUAGUUUAUUAUUGGAUGAUGGUUGUAUUUUCUGUGGCACGCAGCGUCGCGAUAUACUGAAGAUUGAUUUUACGACUGGUCAACAUUUAUCCGCAAUAAAUUGCGGCAGUGGAGCAGUGUCGAUGCGGCUUUAUCAAAAUAAGUUUCUACUCGUCGGUUCAUAUGAUGGUUUUGUCUAUGUAAUUGAUAAGACGAAGGAACGACAUUGUGGCCGUUAUGCUGGUUGUGCCGGCAACAUAUUAACCCUAACGGUGAUCAGCAAUAAGAUAAUAGUAACGGCUAAGGAUAAAACUUUGAGUGUUAUUGAACUACCGCAAAAUCUCGGAACGAAACGGAAAUAAAUAUUUUUUAGCUAUUUUUAUUGUAUAUUGAAAUUUUGCAUUUGUGGCUUAUUUAAUACAUUCAUAGGGGCGUAUCCUUUUACUUUUUAGGUGAUGAUAUAGUUUAAAAUUAUUUUUAAUGAAAUUAUUCUUUCAAUUCUGGAUAUUAAAUAUCUUUUAUUUAAUUAAGAUUGUAUUAAUCAGCAUUUGAUGUAAAAUUAUAUUUCUUAUUGUUAAUAAAAUUUAACAAUAAAUUUGUUUUACGGUGAAAUAUAAUAUAAUGCCAAAUGUAAUCAUAACAUAUUGGUCGUUCACUAAGUAAUUUCGUUUGAUGACAACAGCUGAUCUUAUUGAAUUUUUGCGCAGCCAACUUCACAUUUAACCGCUUUACAGUUAUAUAUUUGAACAGCUGAUAUAAAAGGCUUGUUUGUAAAAUAUUUUAUUUUUUUUGGAAUAAUUUUUGUUUGGUGCUCUAUCGAAGAUGGAAGAUCAUAAACAGCAUUUUCGACAUAUUUUAUUGUUUUACUAUCAAAGCAUAAAAAUAAGGUUCAAGCAAGGCAGAAGUUAUGUGAUGUAUACGGAGAAAAUGUGUUGACCGAACGCCAAUGCCAAUAUUCAUUUGCAAAAUUUCGUUCCGGCUAUUUCCGUCUUGAGGAUGCACCAUGUUCUGGAAGACCUGUUGAAGCCGAUGUGGUUAAAAUAAAGUAUUUGGUCGAUGCGAAUCGUCGAAUAAUAACUCGAAAGAUUGCUGAAAAAUUAAAUUUGUUUAAUUUCAUAAAAUGUUUUAAACAAUAAAAAAACGUGUUAAAUUGCACUAAAAAAAAAACCAAAUUACUUAGUGAACGACCCAAUAUUUAAAUUUACUCUCUUGGAAAGGCUGUGUUGUCAAUCAGCACCCGAUUGCGACUUUUUCAUUCCCUAUCCGACGUAUUCCGACGCUUGGUGAGGCGUAAAUUCGACAACUGGUUAAUUACUAUGAGUAUUUAAAAUGGAUGAUAAAAUCAAGAUUUACAACUCGUCUAUAAUGAGAAAGCUGUAAUCCACACUUUAGUCCCUAAAAACUUACCGAACAGCAAUUUGACCACAAAAGCAUAUAUGACCCGAAUAUAACCAGAGAUAUAUUCUGCCAAAUACUGCAAACUUACUCUUCAUCGUUAUGUUCGUCGUUCGCUUUCACCAGAGAAUUGUUAUGGAGAAGAAAAAAAAUUUUCUCGGUCUCUCGAACACUAAUAAUUGGAUAGACAAGCAUAAAAAAUUUGUGUUUCGUAUAUAAAACUUUUUUGUUAUAGCUUUAUUUAAACAGUUUAAAACUUCAGUCCAAGUUUGCCGAAUAUAUAGAAUAUUUCAUAUACAGUAUACUAAAUUACAUUAGUAAUAGAAAUUAAAACAAAUAGCAUAUACUCAUUUUGAAUGCAAACAAAAUUUAGAAAAUAUCAAAUUUGAGAUAAAUUCUUCUUUGUGAAAAUAUUCAAACAUUAAAAACUAGUAACCGAUAAUACGGGGAUAGUAGUUAGUAAGUAGGUAGUAAGUAACAUGUAGUAAUACAGAUCGCAAUAAUUUCAAGAUUAAACUGGUUUAUAAUUCUAAUAUUAAUAAAAAAGAGAAAUACUAC